CUCGCCGUCCAGCCGCCUGUAACCCCCAUGAGUGCGGCUGUCACCGACGAACAUUUUUCGCCAUCACUCCAUGCAUGUUCGCUGACUUCUUUCUAAACUCCACGCUUUCCGGAGUCUUUGCAAAGUUCUUUCCUGAUACCUUCACUGUUGCACUCGCUCGUCGAAUUCGCGCUAUCACCAUGUCGUUCUCCAGCCUCGUUCAAGAUUUGUCGUUCAGGGACGCCAAUGAUGAGAGACGCCCUCCCCGCGCUCCUCUCUCUACCUCUUCUACCAUUGAUGACCGGAGAUCGCACGUCUCCAGGGCGAUGUCAUACGCCAGCACCAGCGCAACCAGCGUCAGCAUUUCUGGAGACAUCUCCAGUCAAUUGCAUGGCGGAUACUCUCACCCCCUUGCCCGCUCAUGGCAAGCCGAGAGACAAUUGACAAAGUCAAUGCUCAUCUACCCUCUCUUCGUAUCCGACCAGGACGACGAAGAAUCCAUCAUCCCCUCCCUCCCCGACCAACACCGCCGCGGCAUCAACAAACUCGUCCCCCACCUCGAGCCCCUCAUCCGCAAAGGCCUCAAAUCCGUGAUCCUCUUCGGCGUCCCUCUCGCCCCAGGCUCCAAAGAUGCCCUCGGUACCUCCGCCGACGACCCAAAAGGCCCCGUCAUGGCCGCCAUCCGUCUCCUCCGCCAGCGCUUCCCCCAGCUCUUCAUCACCGUCGACGUCUGCCUCUGCGAAUACACAUCUCACGGCCACUGCGGUAUCCUGCGCGAUGACGGCAGCUUGAACAACCAGUUGUCUGUUGACCGUAUCUCUGAUGUCGCUGUUGCCUACGCCCAGGCCGGCGCUCACUGCGUCGCUCCGUCAGACAUGAACGAUGGCCGCAUCCGUGCUAUCAAGCUCAAGCUCAUCGAAGAGGGUAUUGCCCACAGAGUUGUCUUGAUGUCUUACGCCGCCAAGUUCUCCGGCUGCUUAUACGGACCCUUCCGCGACGCAGCUGGAUCCGUCCCGUCGUUCGGAGACAGGAAGUGCUACCAGCUCCCUCACGGAGGACGCGGGUUGGCUCGUCGGGCGAUGCACAGAGAUAUUGCGGAGGGGGCGGACAUCAUUAUGGUUAAGCCUGCUGGGCAGUACCUCGAUAUCAUUAGCGAUGCUAAGGAAAUCGGAAAGGAUAUGCCAGUCGCUGCGUACCAGGUCAGUGGCGAAUUCGCCAUGAUCCACGCAGCUGCCAAGGCGGGCGUGUUUGAUUUGAAGGCUAUGGCAUUUGAGUCUACGGAGGGAAUUUUGAGGGCUGGUGCUACGAUUGUUGUGUCGUACUUCACUCCUCGCUUCUUGGACUGGCUGGAGUCUUAGAUCCAUGCUAGAGUCUGUCCGGCGUGGUUUGUUGAUUGCAUGAAAGUUUUGGCGAAGGCGUUUUGGGGGGUAUCUGUGAGCGGUGGGAUGUAUAUAUGGGUAUAUGAUGGGUCAUGUCUGCGAACUGUAUUUAUGGUUACGAGUCUCAACUCCAAAAAACAAAAGAGCUAGGCAAAUGUUAGAUUGCUGGAUGCGAUAGAUAGCGUUGCUUUGGAAGCUAAUGGUAUAUAUUUACAACCGAUGGGAAUAAAUAGAUAUAAUCUUUUCUGGUUUCAC